CUAAACAAACGUGACCACCGCGACGGACCCAACGGCCACCGAGGUCGCCCACAGCCGCCGCGCACGCUAUAUUAUAGCCGGAGCAGCGUGCGCGCCUACGAGCACUGCACGGUCCCCCUCUCCCUCAGGUUCAACAACCACGAGCCACGAUAGUCGCCGUCGUCGGGCCUCUGCUCUCCGUCUCCUCCCCACUGCGGCCGGACACCCCCGGGAGCCCGUGAUCUGCGCUGCACUGUGCCAUGUCGUCGUCAUCCUCCUCCUCGGGCGGGGCGGGAUCCGCGCUGGGCGGCUCCCACGCCGGCCUCGCCCUCGCCGCCACCGCCAUGGCGCUAUCCGGCACCCUCGUCCUCUUCUCGCUCUGCCGCGCCAAGCAGACGGACCACCACCUCGUCUCCUCCGACGCCGCCGUCACGUCCCCGUCUCCCGCUCGACUCCGGCCCUGCCUCUCCUCCUCCGAGAAGCGGAAGCGGGAGAAGGCGAGGCGCGGGAGCAUGAAGCGGGUGCGCUUCGCGGCCGACGUCGUCGACCACGGCCCAGCUCGCCCGGCGCCGGAGGAGGAGACGGCGGCGCCCGAGCCGUCCUGCAGGGGCGCCGCGAUGCCGGCGAACCGGGAGGCGCUCUACCGCGGCAUGCUCCGCGGCCGCUCCAUGCUCAGGACCGCCUGCUCCUACUAAGCUACCGGCGUCAGUUAACCCCGUCGUUUAAUCCUUACUACACCCAUCCCGUCCCCGUCUUAGUCCGUCGGAAGCUGCCAGCGCCUUUCGCAAUUCUCGUUCAUUAGCGUCGUCGCUGAUUGGGAGAUUUUUGUAAUUAGUGAGCAUCCCGUACGCGCGAGCGAUCUGUGUGGUGCUUGUCCUUAAUUGUUCUACCCGUUGUCGUACGUGUGCGUACUAUUUCUACUUGGGUAUAAGUAGCCAAUUGAUCCCAGAACAAGGGGUCCUUGCAUUCUUCA